CACAGCCAUGGAUCGCCAAUGGCGUCGCCUUCAUGCCGCUGCUGCUACUACCAGUAAGCUUCCUGCCUCGUCACCGCCACUAGGCGCCGUGGAGUACAGAGCGCUAAUCCACGCACUAGCCACCCCUGCACAAGCUGCUCCGGCAGUGCCAUUCAUGGUGGACACCGAGCAGAGCACGGCCAUUGUUCUUGGCGCCAGCAACUACUACCACCUGAUCACGCCGGCACCGGCGGCUUACUACUACCGCGUCGGCGGCCGUGUUGGCCCAGCGCCGCGCGCAAUGAAGCGGUGCUACGGCCUGGCGUCGCCGGCGGCGCCGAGGACGAGGCUGUACCGCGGCGUGCGGCAGCGGCACUGGGGCAAGUGGGUGGCGGAGAUCCGGCUGCCGCGCAACCGGACAAGGCUGUGGCUCGGCACGUACGACACCGCCGAGGAGGCCGCGCUGGCCUACGACGGCGCCGCGUUUCAGCUGCGCGGUGACGCCGCGCGCCUCAACUUCCCCGAGCUCAGGCGCGGCGGUCGGAACCUCGCGCCGCCGCUCCACCCGACCGUGGAUGCCAAGCUCAACGCCGUGACGUCCGCGCCGGCGCCGGCGCCCGCCUCGCCCCCACCCGAGAACGCGGACAUCAGGAACGAGUGCGGCUGCUGCUCCGCCUCGGAGACCUCGACGACUACUAUGACAGCCGCCGACGGCGCGGACGCCUCGUCGACCGGGUCGUCGUCUGAGCAGGCGGCACCGCUUCUCGAGAUGCAGCAGACACCGCUUCUCGAGAUGCAGCAGCUGGACUUCUCGGAGGCGCCGUGGGACGAGGCCGACGGCGUCGGGCUGCGCAAAUACCCGUCGUUGGAGAUCGACUGGGACGCCAUCCUCUCCUGAUUAUUUCCUGAUCAUGCGACACUAUGAGAUCUAACCAGCAUAACAACAGAAAUGGCAAGUGGCUGCUAAACGAUGCCAUUUCUGCGUUUGUGGUGCAGGAAGCUUCAAUCGCAUCGAAUCG